AUGAGCGUCGCGUCGCCGCCACAGCCGUUCGCGGUCCCGCAGUUCACGACCAAGGACUACUCCUCGUUCUUCCUCGCAGGCGCGCUAUGUUGCACCGUCACGCACGGCGGCAUGACGCCGAUUGACGUCGUCAAGACGCGCAUACAGAUCGACCCCGCCAUGAAGGGCCAGUCCCUCCUCUCCGGCGGCCGCCUCAUCGUCGCAAAAGAGGGCGCCUCCGCGCUCCUCACGGGCUUCGGGCCCACCGCCGUCGGGUACCUCGUCCAGGGAGGAGCGAAGUUCUCGGGCUACGAGUACUGGAAGAAGCAGUUCGUCCAGAUCGCGGGCAGCCAGGACGCCGCCGUCGCGCACCGCACUGCGAUCUACCUCGGCGCGUCGUCCGUCGCGGAGUUCUUCGCGGACAUCCUGCUCACGCCCCUCGAGGCGACGCGCAUCCGGCUCGUCUCGCAGCGGGGGUACGCGACGGGGCUCACGACGGGCUUCAUGCGCCUCGCGCGCGAGGAGGGCUUCGGCGGGCUCUACGCAGGCUUCCUUCCCAUCCUCUGCAAACAGAUCCCGUACGCGAUCGGGCAGUUCACGGUGAACGAGUUCUGCCACGAGCUCGUGUUCAGGAACAUGUCCGAGGAGGCGCGCGCGAACCUCUCCGGCACGGGCAAGUUCACGAUCGCGCUGGGCAGCGGCGUCAUCGCGGGGUUCGCCGCGGCGAUCCUGAGCCAGCCCGCGGACACGCUCCUCUCGCAGAUCAACAAGGGGCACGGCCCCGAGGGCUCGAUGGUGCACCGGCUCGGCGUGCUCGCGCGCGAGGCGGGCGUGCGCGGGCUCUUCGCGGGGCUCGGCCCGAGGAUGGUCAUGACCGCGGGUCUUGUCAGCGGCCAGUUCUUGCUGUAUGGCGUGAUCAAGGACGCGUUGAGCGCGCCUCCGGGGCUGGAGAUACAUAAGGAGGGGAGCGCGGUGGUCAAGGCGUAG